AGAGAGAGAGAGAGAGAGAGAGAGAGAGAGAGAGAGAGAGAGAGAGAGAGACUCCCACCUCUGUCUGUCAUUUUACUAUUCCAGCGAGGUGCCACCGGGAAAGCUUAGCCUUUCAGGGUACCAUUUCCAACUGAUGGAGCGAAAGGAAUAAACGUCCACGCCGCCGUCUCUGUUACAGACUAGGAGAAAAUCCCACGUACCCGUGGUAGAGAGCGAGAGAGUGACGGCGAUUUUUCACGUUCUUAUUUGGUUUAAUUACGUGUUGACAUCUAUUGCCUGUUGUUAUUUUUUUAAAUUUCUUUUCUAUCUAUCGUAGCUGGAUUUCCCCCCAGUGUUCUCAGCAGCGAUACACAGCAACAGCUUUUUUCUAAAGAGUUACUUUUCCAAAAAGCAGGCAUUUUCAUGUUUUUUUCAUUUAAUCGGAUAUUUUUAUUCUUGGAGAUGGUCCCAGACCUGAAGGCAAGCUGGUUUUGAAGGUGGUGGACUCGUUGCCCUCGCCUCGACCCAGAGUCGCCAUGGCGGCAGGAGUGGCAGCAUGGCUCCCUUUUGCCCGGGCUGCAGCGAUUGGCUGGAUGCCCGUGGCCAACCUGCCGAUGCCCAUCGCUCCCCUAGAGAAGAAUAAGAGGCAGGACGAGCUGAUCAUCUUGAACGUGAGUGGACGGCGCUUCCAGACCUGGAGGAACACGCUGGACCGUUACCCCGACACCCUGCUGGGCAGCUCCGAGAAGGAGUUCUUCUACAACGAGGAGACUAAGGAGUACUUCUUCGACCGCGACCCGGACGUUUUCCGCAGCGUCCUCAACUUCUACCGGACGGGCAAACUGCACUACCCGCGGUACGAGUGCAUAUCGGCCUACGACGAGGAGCUGGCCUUCUUCGGCAUCAUCCCGGAGAUCAUCGGCGACUGCUGCUACGAAGAGUACAAGGACCGCAAGCGGGAGAACGCCGAGCGGCUGAUGGACGACCAGGAGGACAACAAGGACAGCAAGCCGCCCAACAUGACCUUCCGAGAGACCAUGUGGCGGGCCUUCGAGAACCCGCACACCAGCACCAUGGCGCUGGUCUUCUACUACGUCACCGGCUUCUUCAUCGCCAUCUCCGUCAUCACCAACGUGGUGGAGACGGUGCCGUGCGGCGCCACGCCCAACCAGAAGGACAUGCCGUGCGGGGAGCGCUACACGGUGGCCUUCUUCUGCAUGGACACGGCCUGCGUGAUGAUCUUCACCGUGGAGUACCUGAUGCGCCUGUUCGCCGCGCCCAGCCGCUACCGCUUCAUGCGCAGCGUCAUGAGCAUCAUCGACGUGGUGGCCAUCUUGCCGUACUACAUCGGCCUGGUCAUGACCAACAACGAGGACGUGAGCGGCGCCUUCGUCACCCUGCGGGUCUUCCGCGUCUUCCGCAUCUUCAAGUUCUCCCGCCACUCGCAGGGCCUGCGGAUCCUGGGCUACACGCUGAAGAGCUGCGCCUCGGAGCUGGGCUUCCUGCUCUUCUCCCUCACCAUGGCCAUCAUCAUCUUCGCCACCGUCAUGUUCUACGCCGAGAAGGGCUCCAGCUCCAGCAAGUUCACCAGCAUCCCGGCCUCCUUCUGGUACACCAUCGUAACCAUGACAACGCUGGGGUACGGGGACAUGGUGCCUAAGACGAUCGCGGGGAAGAUCUUCGGCUCCAUCUGCUCUCUGAGCGGGGUGUUGGUAAUAGCCCUGCCCGUUCCAGUCAUCGUGUCCAACUUUAGCCGCAUCUAUCACCAGAACCAGAGGGCCGACAAGCGCCGGGCACAGAAGAUGCAGAAAGCCAGGCUGGCCCGGAUACGGAUAUCCAAGGCGGGCAGCUCCAACGCCUUCCUGCACAGCAAGCGCAAUGGCCUCCUCAACGAAGGGAUGGAGCUGACGCACUCCCCUUACAAGUUGAACCUUUCCAAACAGGGGUCCAUAGAGGAGGAGCAGCAGAGAAGCAAGACUACCUCUUUACUGGAGAGCCAACACCACCACCUACUGACCUGCCUGGAGAAGACCACGAACCACGAGUUUGUGGACGAGCACCUGUAUGAGCAGAACUACCUGGAGGGCGGGAUGCAGAGCUACCCGUCGCGAAGCCCCUCCCUCUCCAGCCAGGGCGGGCUGACGGGCACCUGCUGCUCCCGCCGCGCCAAGCGGGGCACCCACCUGCCCAACGCCAGCGUGCCCGCCGCCCACCACCUGCACAGCCUGCAGGAGCUCAGCGCCAUCCACAUCCAGUGUGGAGACCAGCCCCCCCUCAGAACCAGCCGCUCCAGCCUCAACAUGAAGCCGGACGAGGCGUCCCGUCUCAACUGCAAGAGCGGCCAGAUCACCACGGCGAUCAUCAGCAUCCCCACGCCCCCCGCCACCACCCCCGAGGGCGACGCCCACCCGCCCCCCAGCCCCGGCGUCCAGACCACAGCCAGCUCGAACGUUGUGAAGGUGUCCGCUCUGUGAAGGCCCAGUGUGCCCCCCCUCCCCGGGGGAAAGAUACACACCCGACAUCCAGCAGACUUACGGAGACCAGCAGGGGGAGCUGUGGAGCAGAGUGUGACAGACAGCACCCACAGCAUUCCCUCUCUCUCAGGAGAUACACUGACAGAGACUCCCAGAUGGAGGAUGGCCUUUUAAAAAGUGUGCAAUGAGAGGGAAGGAGAGGAAGAGAGAGAGAGGCUGGAAGCACUUCAUUCCUUGCGACACGUGCAUCUUCAAACUGACUAGUUGCAUUCCACGAGUUGCAUCACUGAUCUGAUUGGAUAAAGGAAAUCACAUGUCACUGUGUACUCUCCACCUUUCUGUUUCUUUUCUGGUCUGGCAGUCUUUUUUGAAUAACAAAAAGGAAAGACAAGAAAAGAGUGAAGCAAGCAGACAAGGACGGUUAUUGCCAAUGUUUGUUCUUUAUUUCGGGCUUGGUUGUCCUUUGUUUCAAGUUUUGUUUCAAUUUUGGUCAACAUAUUUACCUGGGUAGACAAAACAAAAUGUAUAUCGUUUAACCAAAAUCUUUUUUUAAAAUAUCUUUUAUUUUGUUUUAGAGAAAUGAGAAAAUAAUUAUAAAAAAGGUAGGUGUGACAGAUAUUAGUGGGUUUUUUAUUUUUGUGAAUGCGUGUGUGUGGGUGUGCGAGAGUGAGGAAAACUGUACAGCUGAUCAAAUCUGGGAUUUUCACGAGCUCUGUACAAAUUAGCUAGCUGCCACUGAGGUAGGUGUCUGAACAGAUUUCUGUCUAAAAUUCUCAGCAUGAAUCAUUUUGUAAAGCACAAAUUCAGCCCCUCAUUAAGUUACGAUACGCUUUCAUUCUUUAUAACACAUAACUCUUCUUGCUCUCAGUGGUCAAUCUAAAUUUCUGUUCUCCCCCAGUAUAAAUAUAGUUCAAAAGUCCAUGUUUCUUACUAGUGUUUAACCUUUAACUUUAGAAUGGGAAAGGACUGAAUUAAAAGCACAGGGAAUCUCCUGAGAAUUUCACACAGAUACGUCCUGACUCUUACUCCUCCACCGGGUUGUUUGUGAAUAGUGUUAAUAGGAUAUUUUGUAAUAUUUGCCAUCGUAUGGCAAAACCAGUGCAGCUCCUGUCUUUCAGUGUCGUCUAGUUCUAACGCACCUUCAUGUUGACAAAGGACUUGCCUUCUGUAGAUGUUUAGCGUUUAGUGGUUUCCAGCUCUUCUGACCUUUUGAGUCAUUGGGUGUGUACGUGUAUGUGGGCACGUGUGUGUGCGCGCGUGCGUGCGCUAACUCCACGUGGACUACAGCUUUGGUGUUUGUACUUUUUGCCUACUUCGGUGUUGUUGUUUUUUUUUCCAAAACUUCUCGGUUGUAGUUGUUGGCAGGCACCUGCGGGAUGAUCAUCACGAGCCGACUGUGUCCCACUCCCGCCACCAGUGACCAUGGACUGCUGUUUCUGUCCCACCACCAGUGACCGUGGACUGCUGUUUCUGUCCCACCACCAGUGACCAUGGACUGCUGUUUCUGUCCCACCACCAGUGACCAUGGACUGCUGUUUCUGUCCCACCACCAGUGACCAUGGACUGCUGUUUCUGUCCCACCACCAGUGACCAUGGACUGCUGUUUCUGUCCCGCCACCAGUGACCAUUGACUGCUGUUUUUGUGCUUUUUCUGUGGGUCUUCUGCUUUUUCUGUGUCAUUCGGUCUUCUGCUCUUUAGUGCCAGAGUCGCCUGGAGCGGGUUAGGUGAGCGGGAGGUCGUCCAAGACCAUAGCUGCUGAGCGCUUAGUUUCUUAAAGGCCCACUCAGUAACUUUGGUGGCUAAUCUGCGAAAAUUACGCGGUUGGUAACCAAACACCGCGGUGGAUCAUGGUACGCAGAAUUUUUUACGUCUUGGACUAGUGUGUUGAUAACUUGGGCUACAACUUUGCUUUGCCUUCUGAGCCUUUUCUUACUAUUGCAGUUUGCCAUACAGCUGCUGUGGCUACUGUGGAAAUGUCGAGUACAUCUGAGGCAGAUAGGCAUGGUCUAUUUGGCAAAUCGUUAGCUUACUAUUUCUGUCAAUAUCUUAUCUUGCAAGUGAACGGUUCGCUUCCAUGGUGAUGAGCUGCACAAGGACUACAAAAACGCUCUGAUAUCAAAAAGCAAAGAAGAAGAAUGAAAUGUGGGAAAGGAAAGAUGAACAACACUUAUGUCAAAUACUUAUUUUUCCUUUCAGAGUGCUUUUCAUGAGGAUCUUUAUCAUUGUUUUCAUUAUGAGAGUACUCUAUACUGUAGUACCAUGUCUGUCUUUUUGCACGUUGUAAACCAUUAGCAUUUUAUUUGCAACCAAAUUUACUGAGUGGGCCCGUAAGUUACCCUCUGGUGAAUGAGAGGCAUCAAUUGUAAAGCGCUUUGGAUUAAAGCGCUAUAUAAAUGCAGUCCAUUUACCAUUUGCCAUUUACAUCCGGCUCCUUCGCGACCAUCGGCUUACCUCCCAUUAGUGUUAUCACUCGUGUGCGCUGCGGUGUCAGGGUCUGACUCCACCCCGCUAUAAGGAGCGGAGGGGACAUGAGGACACGCACGUCGCUGGACCCUGUGAAGCCCCGUGGCCGUGUAUGGACAGGCCCCUCAGCCCAACGUCGAAUAGGGGAGGGAAGCGCACGCCCCGCAAGACCGCCAUGUCCCAUCUUUCCCCCCCACCGCACCGACCGGCCCAACGAGCACCCGCAGUCAUCCUGCACGAGCUGCGCGUGAGGUGUCUGCCUCCAUCGUCCUGCCUCCAUACCUGCGGUAGCGUCUGCAAGCUCCAGCGGCUGGCUGCAGGACGCGAAGGUGCUGCUGUUUCACAGCAAACAUUCAGGAGAAGAGUAACUACCUGACUGCUCAAUGGAGGCUGCAGCGAUGAGCUCAACAGAUUACUGAUUUUUCAAAUUGGGACAAGGGGGAAAAAUUUAAAAACAAGAUCCUAUAAGCCAAAGGAAUCUUUAUUUAAAGGAACCUUCUGCUUGGUUAUAGUGGAAGACCAGGUGGGUGUGAUUGGAACUGGUGAGAUGAGGCCACUGGUGGUCUGGUGCACCAUGAAGAUGUAAAUGCAAUGUUCUUUAUGUCUACUGGAUUGUACAUCUGUCCCUCUUAUUGGCUGAAAAAGCAAAAGACCCUGAUGCAUCCAAAACCUUUAAGACGCUGACCAUACAAACCUGAACAACCCAAGUCCAGUGUUAGCUUACAUGAGUAGAUGGGGUCAUUAUUGGCAGAAAAACACACUAUUAGAAGUCUGCUUCAGCAAGCUGUAAUGCAGCACUGCAGUGGUGUUCUCCUGGUUUGUUGUUCAGCUGUACAUUUGUAUGUUUGCUUUAGUCACUGUGACGACUUGGAGACACUUUGGGUUGAUUGACCUUGCCUUAUUGGAUUCUAAAAACGCCCCCAAACCCCUUGAGUCUGUGCUCAAGGGGAGGUGAGGUGAAUGCACACAGAGCACUACAAGUGGAGAAUCAGGGUAGCUGUACCCCCCCUCCCCCUCCCCCUCCAGCUCCACAGGGUCCCUACUAAGGGCACAGUCGCCUUUCCCAACAGCUUGGGACAUUACAGAAAGCAUUCUGGUGAAGGAGAGUUUUGCAUCCUGUGCAGAACAUUCCUGAAUGCUGGGGGGCUGGUCCUCAGUGAAGCUACUGCCCCCCCCCCCCCACCUCACCGAAGCAAAUCUGUUUGGUUCCCUUUCAUCCCGGGGCAGUAACUGCAUCAUUUUCCCUUGACUAGCAGGUCAGCUUUGCAGUCUCUGCGGCCCCUUUUGUUGCCCUGUCAGAAGGAGAAGUGGCUGAAUCUAACAAUCUUCAGUGCUGAGGGAAGCAGUAUCAGAUGAGGACAGACAGACUGGAGAAGGUUCCAGAGAGAGUCGUUCUCAAACUGACAGAGUAGAGAGCGUUCCACACAUUGGGAAUGGGAGAAGCUUUCACUCCCUUAGGACCAGAGUCUGAAAGUGUGGACGUCAGUGGGGUCGAGGUGAGGCCCGGCUGAGUGACAUCAUCGCGUGGGUUUGCAUGCUCUCAAGGACACCGCUGACAGGGGAAUCAAGGAAGAACAAUAAUUUAAGUGUUUAUUCUUUGUUUUGUUUUUUAACAAAGGAAAUAUUGUAUACUGUAUGUCUGUCCCUUUAUUCUUUUCUCCUCUCUUUCUCUUUCUCUUUGCUGUUUUCUUUUCUGUCCCAUUCUCCUUCUUUCCGACUGCAGUGCAUAUCCUGUCAGAUGUUGUAUAUCAUUUAUGAAUUUGUCUUGUGUCACGACUGUGAAGCGCCUGAUAUAGAUCUAUAUCUGCCACAAAUACAAACCUGUGGAAUUUAUUCUUCAAAUGUCUUUGCCUCCAUUAUUUGGGUCCAUUACUGUCUGUCUUCCUGCUCUUUGUGGAACCCUUACCUACACAGUUGCGAUUUUUUAUUCAUUCAUUUUUUCUAAUCUAUAGCUAUCUACAGAUCACUUUAGACUCUAGACAAGGAAGGCUGCAUUCAUUUCUUUCAACUACUGGUCUUAAUUGUUUAAUUUGAUCUGACAUUUUAGGUCAUAUAUAUAACUAGCAGUAGUUCACAAGAAGAAAAUACGUGCAUGACCUUCAGAUUCUUCUUCACACAAUAUGGUGAUCAUUUGGUGACGUCUGUUUUAUAUAUCAUUCCAAAAGCAAACUCAUCUCGGUCUCAGUCAUGGUUAGUAUGCUUUCUGUGUAUAAUAGACUGUGGUUAUAUCAAACUUAAGCUACAUGCCCAUUCUGCGGAAAGCAUAUUGUUUAAACUAUUCAAUUAAAUAAUUUGUGGUCA